AUGCUCAAGAAUACUGAUAUAGAAAAGAAUACGGACCCCGUAGAGGAUCCCUCAAAGCAAAAAGAGAAGAAGAUCUCAAAAACUGCCAGAUGCUGGAAAUGUUUCUUCAGUAUCUGGAUUACACGUUCUUUCUACGCCGCUAUUAAAUCUUACUGGGGCUUAGAUGGCCCUAUUCCGAUGUAUAUUUUCUACACCAUGAUGGCAUUCGAAUUCAUUUUUUUAAUUCUGGUAGUCGUCUUUGCCGUGAUUGAACGUAAGAUAAUUCCAAAAAGAUGUGUUGAUGAAGAUUGUAUUCUUUGCCCCAUGUUAAAAAAAAAUCCAUACCUAAUGGUCAGACGUCUUCAUAUUGUUAUGACUCUAUUUGCCAUCUUGACCCCCAUUAUCUAUUUCACGGUUAAACAUUAUAUAAAGGCGCAUCCUGAUGAUUUCUUGGACUUCGUUGACAUUUAUAAUUGGAAAUAUUGGGUGGCUUUCACUGUCAUGAUGAUGGAUUACAUUUCAUUUAUAUCCAUCUUUUCCGGCUUAGUUAACAUCUACAUUACACAUCCAUACAAAGAAUUUGUUCAAUUAAAGAAGGAGUUGGAUUUACAACCUGAUUUGGAGAAGGGUCUAUUGGAUAAUUCUUCUUUGAAUAAAUAA